UUAAUGUAUUUCCACUUUUAUUAAAAUAAGCUUUCCCAUAUUUAAAUAUUUUUUUUGUUGUUAAUAAUCAUCACGAACACAUCUUCCUCCACGUGACCGGAAGUACCACAUCUGUUAAGAUGGCGACUCCCUAUGUAACGGAUGAGUCUGGAAAGUAUAUUGCUGCUACACAGCGUCCAGAUGGGACAUGGAGGAAACCUCGGCGAGUGAAGGAUGGAUAUGUACCUCAGGAGGAGGUGCCUGUCUACGAGAAUAAAUAUGUGAAGUUUUUUAAGAGUAAACCUGAUCUCCCUCCUGGAAUGAAUCCAGAGGACGCGGCUGCAGCCAAGCAGCAGCAGCAGGCGGCAGUGAAAGCGGACAAGGAGUGCGAGACAGCCGGCUUGUCCAAAGCGGCCAAACGCAACAUGAAACGCAAAGAGAAACGCAAGCAGCAGCAUGCUCAGGGUCAACAGGAAGCGAACAAGGAGGAGGUAGAGACGGUAACGAAAGAGUUGGAGAAGGUUUCGUUCGCAGCUGAAGAGCAGAACAACACGAGCGCCUCCACAGAGCUGUCUGCUGCUAGCACAGACAAAGCCAAGAAGAUCAAGAACCUGCGGAAGAAGCUUCGCCAAGUGGAGGAGCUGCAGCAGAAAGUGGACUCGGGAGAGCUGCCGAACCCUUCCAAGGAUCAGUUGGAAAAACUGGGACGGGCUCAAGCCUUACGGGAGGAGCUGAGGCAGCUGGAGGCAGAUUUGUAAAGCAAGAUGGUGUAUACAAGCAGAGUGGGCCAUGGUGUAGUGUUUUUCUUUCUGUAUAUAUAUAUUUUUUUUCAGAAUUUAGGAUAGAUCUUCAUUGAUUCCCAUUGGUGUAAUUCCAGUUUUGUGAAGCCCCAUCCUACAGCCUUGUUCCUUUCUCUUCUGCCAAUCUGUGAUACAGGGAUAUUUAAAACAAGUUUAUUUUUUAAACGUAAUCGUGCAGUUAGUGCUCCUCACCCCCACCCAUAAAACAGUACUAAUAAUGAUUUUUGUGUAAAGUUUAGUUACAAAUGACACUUAUGCACUCCUGUGGUAUGGACUUUGUCAAAAUGGACGUUGGUAUAGCUUAGAGGAGGGAGGAAGCCUUCGUUUUUCUCAUUAGGAAUUGUGCCUCUGGAUAUGGACAUGUCAUGGUGGGAUUCUUCCGUGACGCUGCGCAUUGUUGACACUACCUUUUUCCUGAUAAUACAGACUGAACAAGAGAACGAACUGAACACCGAGCCACUCUGAGGACACAGCGCAAGGACUUGAAUGGCUGCAGUUUUUUUUUCUUGUUUGAACAUUUGUGACUUUAAUACCGAUCGUAACAAUGUAAAGCAUGUUGUACAGUGCUGUGAAAAAGUAUUUGCCCUAUCCUGAUUUCUUCUGUUUUUGUGUACAUCUCCUACUAAAUAGUUUUACAUCUUCAAACGAAAUACAACUUAAAACCAAGGCAACCUGAGUAAAGACACACUAUAGUUUUUGUUUUAAUUUUUUAUUGAAGCAAAAAUGUGAAAAACUAAUUGCCCCUUUAAACUUAAAAGUGGCACAACCAGAUUUUAGGAGCAAUAACUGCAACCAAAUGCUUCUGAUAACUGGAGAUCAGACUUUCACAUACUUGUAGGACUAGGAUUUACUCCUAUGCUAUGGAUCACUGUCUUGCUGCAUAAUCCAGUUGCGCUUGAGUUUACGAAAUUACGUAAACUCGUAAACGAAAUUGAGUCAAUUUACGAAAUGAAGACUGGACAUUCUCCUUUAGGAUUUUCUGGUAGAGAGUAGAAUUCAUUUUUUCCUCAAUGAUUGCAAGUUUCCCAGGCCCUGAAGCAGCACAGAAUCCCCACACCAUCACACUUCCACCGCUAUGUUCUACCAUAGGUAUUCUGUGGAAUCCUGACCUGUGUUUGGUUUACGCCAGAUGUAAUAGGACACCUGUCUUCCAAACAGUUCCACUUUCGACUCCUCAGUCCACAGAACAUUCUCCCAAAAGGUUUGAGGAUCAUCAGGAUGUGUUUUGGCAAAAUUCAGACGAGCCUUAAUGUUGUUCUUGGUUAGCAGUGUUUUUUGUUUUGCCACACUCCCUCCACUUUCUGAUAGUGGAGUCAUGAACAGUGACGUUUACUGGUGCAAGAGAGGCCUGUAGUUCCUUUGAUAUUGUCCUUGGCUCUUUUGUGACUUCCUGGAUGAGUCGUUGCUGUGUUCUUGGAGGAAUUUUGGACGGUUGGCCACUUCUGGGAAGGUUCACUACUGUGAGUUUUUCCAUUUGGAGAAAAUGGCUCUUGCUGUGGUUCUUUGGAGUCCCAGAGCCUUUGAAAUAGCUUUGUAACCCUUCCCAGACUAAAGUGUUUCAAUCACCUUCUUCCUCAUCAUUUCUUUUAAUUGUGGCAUAGUGUGUUACUGGGUAAAACCUUUUAACCAACUUCAUGCUGUUGAAAAAGUUCUAUUUAAGUAUAGAUUUGAUUGAACAGGGUUUGCAGUAAUCAGGCCUGGUUGCCUUUAGUAACUAGAGAGGCAAAUACAUUUUCACACUGGCUCAGUUGGUACUGGAUAACUUUUUUUUGUUUCAGUAAAUAACUGUCAUUUAAAAACUGUAUUUUGUGCCUUUGUUUUAUCCUACUUUUUUAUUUAUUUAUUUCUGAAACAAUUUAAUGAGAUAUACACAAAAACAGAAGAGAUCAGGCAAAUACUUUUUCACAGCACUGUACCUCCAAAGGUUACUUUUAAAACCUGUAUGGAUUGGCCAUUGGUGGAGUGGAUAACAACGACAGUAUUUAAGUUGUCAGCCAUGUCAUUUCUUUCUUUCAGAAGUCCUUUUUAUUAUGUGUGUUUUUUUAUUGUAGUAGUUGUCAAAUAUUAAGCAGUGUUGUUGUAUUACAUUAAAGUAUGAAAGACAUCCA